GCCCAGACCCGGUCGGGCUGCGUCUCCCAACGCGCUGGCAGCCCCGGGGAGUCCCAACCCCGGAAGCGAUCGGCGGCGGGGGCCCGGGGUCUGGACACCGCACCACCACGCCGGGCGGUCCCGCUCCCCGACGCCGGAGUCGCGCCUGCAUGUCACUGGCGCCGCGUGAGGCCGCGCUCUGCCAAUGGAUACCGGCGGCUCCUCGGACAAUCAGGCAUGAUGGGCGUCGGGGCGGGACCCGGCGGACUCCGGCGCCCUGGGGCAGCGGCGGCGUAGCGUCGGCCUUGAACCAUGAACCUGGACGCCGAGAACCGGGUGGUGCUCAACGUGGGCGGCAUCCGGCACGAGACGUACAAGGCGACCCUGAAGAAGAUCCCCGCCACGCGCCUUUCCAGGCUCACCGAGGCCCUGGCCAACUACGACCCGGUGCUCAACGAGUACUUCUUCGACCGACACCCGGGCGUCUUCGGACAGAUCCUCAACUACUACCGCACCGGGAAGCUCCACUAUCCUACCGACGUCUGCGGGCCUCUCUUCGAAGAAGAACUUGAGUUCUGGGGUCUGGACGCCAACCAGGUGGAACCCUGUUGCUGGAUGACCUACACUCAGCACAGGGACACCCAAGAGACCCUUGCGGUCUUGGAUCGGCUCGACCUAGACACAGACAAGCCAAGUGACGAAGAGAUCGCUCGCAAGUUCGGCAUGGAAGAGGAGUACCUGGCGGGCACGUUGUCCUGCUGGCAGCGGGUAAAGCCCAAGAUAUGGUCGCUGUUCGACGAGCCCUACUCGUCCACGGCGGCCAAGGUGAUCGGCGUCAUGUCCGUGUUCUUCAUCUGCGUGUCCAUUCUGUCCUUCUGCCUCAAGACCCACCCCAACAUGCGGGUGCCGGUCAUCAAGAACAUCACCGUGCACACGUCCGACAGCUCCGUGGCCUGGACCCUGGACAAGAUGCAGACCAACCCGCACGACGCCUUCUUCUACAUCGAGUGCGUCUGCAACGCCUGGUUCACCUUCGAGAUCAUCAUCCGCUUCGUGGCUAGCCCCAGCAAGCUGGACUUCGUGCGCGGAGCCGUCAACAUCAUCGACUUCACGGCCACCCUCUCCUUCUACAUCGACUUCACCCUGCAAAAGCUCGCCUCGCACCUGGAGAACGCCGACAUCCUCGAGUUCUUCUCCAUCAUCCGCAUCAUGAGACUGUUCAAACUUACGCGCCACUCGGCGGGACUCAAAAUCCUCAUCCAGACCUUCAAGGCCAGUGCCGGGGAGCUCAUCCUGCUUGUGUUCUUUCUCGUGUUGGGCAUCGUUAUCUUCGCCAGCCUCGUCUACUACGCCGAGCGCAUCCAGUCCAACCCGGAGAACGACUUUAACAGCAUACCGCUCGGCCUCUGGUGGGCGCUAGUGACGAUGACCACCGUCGGCUACGGCGACAUGGUGCCCAAGACGUACGCCGGCAUGUUCGUGGGCGCCCUGUGCGCGCUCGCCGGCGUGCUCACCAUCGCGCUUCCCGUGCCCGUGAUCGUGUCCAACUUCGCCAUGUUCUAUUCGCACACUCAGGCGCGGGCUAAAUUGCCCAAGAAGCGGCGACGCGUCGUGCCCAUCGAAGUGCCCAGGGGACCGCACCGCAGGCCCCAAGACCUAAAGAAUCCCAAGGACGCCUGCAAGCCGGGGAGGCAGCAGCAGGCCACGGGAGACGUCGCCGCUCCCCGGAGGAAUCAGACGCUGCGCUCAAGGGGUCCAGGCAACGGCGAAGAGUGCGUGCCCAUGCUGAUGCUGAACCAUUCGGAAACCGAGGCACCGGCGGCCAGCCGGCUGCACCGUAGGACCAGCAGCAACGCCGCCAGGCUGCUAGAGAUGGGCGCCUCCAGCAUCUCCUCCGCGGCCAACGUGGCGUGCAGCACGGGCGCCGACGGCAGCUCCUCGGCGGUGAAUCCGGCGUCGACGACGGCCAACCUGAUCCAGUUCACCGAUCUGAUGCACCGCGGAAGCACGCCAUCGGCCUCCGUCAAGAUCAUCGCCACCAAGAUCGAAACCGCAACAACAAAACAACUGAGGAGGAGCUUGGACUAGUUAUGCAAUGCAAAUACGGUGUGCGCGUGUACAUAGACAACCGAGAUGCUGGCGGACACCAAGACUGUGGCGUGCCCUUCUCUGCACCAUGGAACAACCGGGCAAGGACGGACGUGCAUUGUUCCUCCGCUUCUUGUUUCUUCCUUUUUUUUUUUCUUUUUUUUUUUUAAGCAAACGAACUCGGAUAUUUUAUCUCUUGUUCAUAUUUAUAAGACAUCUAGGCUUCAGCUGCAGAUCCCAGAGUACAUAAUUAUAUCGCUGUUAAUUAUAGUACCAUAAUGCGGAGUCGUUGGGCGAAGGAUGUGGUGUUGGCUUGUUCUUGAAAGCAGAGCUCUAUGAAUCGGAAACGGACGAGUGCUUUUUCACUACGAGACUUCGUAUGUACAUAUUCCGCUCUUGUAAUGUAGUUACACGAAGCAAAUGGACCAAUAGGUAUUUUUUGAAGAAAAGAAUAUGUUUAUUAACGAAGAAAGCUGGAUGCAUUUUCAAAUGUCGACGAUGUGGAGCAAAAGACCUGCUUACGGUGUUUGUUUCAUUUGAGUGAUUGUUAACCAUUGUAAACGUAGAAUACAAAAUAGCAUUGCAUCUUGACAUACCUAAGUGGCAGUUAACAGAGCCAUAAAGAAAGUUUUAAAUAAAAGGUUGCUCAAAAUAUU